GGGUCGAAGAAACCGAGUCUCCUCUUUCUCAGAUUUCAGACAAACCUUCGUAGACGGCGAAGAGAACUGAAACCGAAAAAGAUUUCAAAAAAUGGCGACCAAAAAUGCUAAAAAGGCCAAUCUCUUGGAUCAUCACUCUCUCAAACACCUACUCGAUGAAUCUGUUUCUGAGAUUGUCACCAGUCGCGGCUAUGUUGAAGACGUCAGGUUGAGUAAUGUCAAAUUGAUUAUGGGCACUGUCAUCAUCAUCAUAGCUUUGGUGGCUCAAUUUUACAAAAAGAAAUUCCCUGAGAAUCGCGAUUUCUUGAUCGGUUGCAUUAUAUUGUAUGUAGUUUUUAAUGGGAUCUUGCAGUUUAUUGUUUACACCAAGGAGAAGAACGCAAUUUUGUUCACGUAUCCUCCUGCAGGAUCCUUCACCAGCACUGGGCUGAUAGUCUCUUCAAAACUGCCCAGAUUCUCAGAUCUGUAUACACUGACCAUAUCUAGUUCGGAUCCCAAAUCAAUUUCCGCCAAUGAACCAGUUCAAUUUACCAAGAGUGUCACUCGCUGGUUUACUAAAGAUGGGGUUUUAGUUGAGGGACUCUUCUGGAAAGAUGUUGAAGCAUUGAUCGAUGAGUAUGCUAGAGAACCAAAAAAGAGCAAGUGAUUUCCUAUACAAGCCUUCUUUAAUGGGGGGGAUCUAACUUUCAAGUAAAGUAACUGUUUUCAAUUUUUCUUGCUUCUUUUUCAUUACUAGCAAACUGAACUAUCUUUUUCCUUGAUUAAUAGAUUUUAGAAGCAAAACAGGAUGAGCCUAAAUUUUCAA